AUGAUGUACCAGGCCAGGUCUGUUGAGCCUCAUAAACACCGCCCGGAAUGCCCCAAGUACCGUCCAGAUGACGAUCAAUGGGGUAGCGGUGGCAGCUGUGCCUCGCACGGUAGACGGGACAAUGAUGAUGACGAUUCUUCCGAUUACCCUGGGUCUUCUGAACAUGGCGCCGGUCGUCGUCCUGGUUUCCCAGCUUCGUCAGAGGACGAUCCCGAAGAGCCUGCGAGUCAACAGUCUCAGGCUCUUCCUCCGGAGUAA